AUGCCUGGUAUAAUAACGAGUAGAGACGAAUGGACUAUUUCACUGCAUCCAAGAGAAUGUUUGGCGGGUAACAAACCCAGAAACUCAGUACCCCACCCUCAAAGACAUGUUCUUUUCCCACCGAUUGUGAAAGCACAAUUUAUAGUAGGAUCCGAAGAGUACAUACCGCUCCUUCACGAUGGAAUCAAGGACACUGACGAAAUGAUUUGA